GUCCAUCAUCACACUUACUCAACUACCUUGACACUUGAUCUACAUACCACACUCGUCCACUGAUGAUUUCCACAAGAGCAGCAACGCGUGCAUCCCCAAGACAAGCUACUGCUCAGCUUAUCAAAUCCUUCCAGAGCUACAAUGUCGGAUUUCGACCCACCUUUGUAGCGGCUCAACACCUCCAAGCCCAACGCCAUUUCACCUCCUCGCCUAGUGGCGGAGCCAAGAUCAAGGAGUGGUUUGAGAAACAUCCCACAGACAAAGUCCGGAAGACUCAUGCAGCAUGGCCCCAUCCAGUAUACACGGAAGAACAGAUGAAUCAAGUCGUCGUUGCCCAUCGCGAAGCGAAGACUAUGUCCGACAAGGUCGCUCUUCUUGCUGUCAAGGUACUACGCUGGGGUCUCGACAAGGCGACCGGAUACAAACACCACAAAGCACUCGAUGUAGAUGCUAAGGAUCCCGUCGCUGCACGUAGGAAGUUCGCUAUGAAUGAAGAGAAAUAUCUGAUCCGAAACGUCUUUCUGGAGAGUGUCGCAGGUGUCCCAGGCAUGGUUGCCGGCAUGCUCAGACAUCUGCACUCGAUGAGGCGCAUGAAGCGAGACAACGGAUGGAUUGAAUCCCUGCUCGAAGAAAGCUACAACGAGCGCAUGCAUCUCCUCGUGUUCCUCAAGAUGCAACAGCCAGGACGCUUCAUGCGCCUCAUGGUACUUGGAGCUCAAGGCGUCUUUUGCAAUGCAUUGUUCUUCGCCUACCUACUCAGCCCCCGUACUGUUCAUCGAUUCAUCGGAUAUCUUGAGGAGGAGGCAGUGAUUACAUAUACCCGUCAGAUUGAGGAUCUAGAUGCAGGUCGUCUGCCCAAAUGGGAGAAGAUGCAAGCACCGGAGAUCGCGAUUGACUAUUGGAACAUGCCUGAAGGUCAUCGUACAAUGCGGGAUUUGCUGCUUUACAUCCGCGCAGACGAGAGCAAGCAUCGAGAAGUUAACCAUACCUUCGGUAACCUCGACCAAAAGGAAGAUCCCAAUCCGUAUGUGAGCGAGUACCGAAAUCCGGAAGAGCCGCAUCCAACCAAAGACCUUGCACACAUGAAGCCCACCGGUUGGGAACGACACGAGGUCAUUUGA